UUUGGAUUUGUGUAACCGCAUCCGCAACCUUAGAUUGCGGUCGGUAUAAGGAACCGCAGAUCUUGGUCUGCUUUCGUAACAUGUCGGCUUCUUUGCGGUAACAACUCGGUCGGUUUUGCGAUGUUGGGGUACAAAAUGCCAGCCCUCGAGCUUGGGCCGCUCCUUUUUCUUUUUCCACCAUCUCUCUCUCCCUCCUCACACGCAGUGGCCAGCGUACGUCUUAUCUUUUCUUCUUCUUCCUCCUCUCCUCUCAUCUCUCUUUCCGAAUUUUUCCUUCUCCCUCUCUUUGGCUUCUGGCUUCAAGAUUGACCAGAAACGUAUCCGAAAUGUUUGAUACUUGUGUCAAGAACCUAGGAGCAUAUUCGACUGCGUAUCUGAUACGGGCCUAAGUCAUAUUUCAUUGUGAACUGAUUCUCAUACUCAUUUGUAUUUAUAUUUUGUUUGGUUGAUGAGAAGAUAAUUGAAACUGCGAAAAGACACGAUUCUAGAUUUCUUGAGAAUUUAAAAUGUUGCCAAGAUGGAGCAGAGCUGUUACUCAGCUCCCAAGGUUGGGUUCACAGCAUAACUUGAAUCUCAGAAAUGAAUUUUAUGUUAUUUCUCGCCAAAGCUAUGGCAGGGCUGCUGCAGCUGUGGCUCCAGAUGUGGAAAAACCUCUCCCUAGUGAGCCAGUGGUAAAUCUGGACAAACUGUUUUGGUCUAAGCCAUGCUCAUUGGCUUUGGCCCCAGACUCCCCAUUAAGAAUUGAAGAGCCACAAUAUGCGGGAUUUAAACAUGCAAUUCUUAGGCUGAUGCUGUUUUAUAGCAAACAAAGCACGUCCAUUCGAGGAGCAAAUGUGGUAUAUAAGCGAAUCAUUUCACAAGUUGAUAAACCUGCCAUUUAUGAAGUAUUCAACUUGGAGAAAACCUUUAAGACAACAUUCUCUCUACUUGUACUUCAUAUGUGGCUUUGCUUACGCCGGUUGAAAGAAGACGGAAAGGAAGGAGUUGAAUUUGGGCAAUACAUAUAUGAGACUUACAAUCACGAUGUGGAACUUAGAGUAUCUAAGGCUGGGGUCAACUUAUUACUGACUAAAUGGAUGAAGGAUUUGGAGAAGAUAUUCUAUGGGAAUAUUGUUGCUUAUGAUGCUGCCGUGCUUCCGGAGGCUAGGCAGGAUGAGCUGCAAAAUGUGAUUUGGAGGAAUGUCUUUUCUGAUGAUGGUUCAUCACAACCAAAUGGUGAUGCAUCACGAGCAGUCCAGGCAAUGGCAAGAUAUAUUCGCCGGGAAGUUAGUUGCCUGUCCUUGACAGAUAAAGAAGCUAUGUUCUCUGGUAAUUUCAUGUUUACUUCAUUGAAGGGCGAGAAACCAAAAUCCGAGACAUCCAUAUAAGAAUCAAUGUAGUCAUGUGCGAGUUUCCAUGAAGAAAAUUAGAAAAUUUUCAUUCUACAACAAAUCAUAAAGACUUGUAAAACACGACAAAUAAAACCUUUGUAUAAUUAUCAAAAGCAGCUCCGUUAUUUUUUCAAUUAUUUAUAAAAUUAAUUUCGCCUUGAGAAUUUGCAGACCAAUUGGUAGUCUUGAUGGUUUUAGCUUAUGUAAUUAUCCGUUGGUUGUGAAUUACCAAUUAUCAAGAUAUGUGGUCGUUCGUUCCAUUUA